UAAUAAAUUUUCAUUCCGUUUGGGGAAACGACAAAUCAAUACUCUGUUUCUCUCCCUUCGUCUUCGUACCGCCUGGACUUUCCCUCUCGUCUCUUUCAUUUUUCUAGAGAAGAGAAAAUACUGAGAUAUAGAGAGUACACGGGAGCUGCGACCAGAAGAAGCUGAACCUGAAGCCACCACUAAGUUCCCUCCUCUGAACAUCCAUGUCUGCUAGUUCACUUCUGCUUUGUCUUCGUUCUCAGAGAGCUUGAAGAUUACUGGCUUUUUCGUAUUUCACAGGCUUUUUCCAAAAACAAAUCGAAUCUCGAAAAGCUUGUGAUAUUUCAGAACGUUUAUCAGGGAUUGUGGGUCAGGGAGCAUUCAAAAAGUAACUGAAGCUUAAAAUUAACCCAUCUCCGUUUUGUGGGUGAAUAGGAAAAUUAUGCAGACCCCAAAAGCGAGAACUGGCACCUCUGAGGUGCCUCAGAGGGUUUCUCCUCGAACUGCUCGUCAACCAAAACCAACUUUGUUAGAGACUGAUUCAGCAUCUUCCUCUAGCCAAGCUACUAGAACGCCAAAAGAAAGAAGCCCUAAAGUAAUUGAGCGCAGGUCUCCAAGAAGUCCAGUGCCUGAGAAAAAGCGCCCAAAUAGAAUAACUGAGUUAGAAUCUCAGAUUUCUCAACUUCAGGAAGACUUGAAGAAAUCAAGGGAGCAGCUGUGUUCUUCUGAAUCAGGGAAGAAACAGGCUCUGCUAGAUGCUGAGGACUCCAAGAAGCAAUUGCUGGCCUUGUCUUCAAAGCUUGAAGAGUCUCAGCAGCAGCUCCGGGAGCUAUCCACUUCUGAGGAAACUCAUCUUGUUGAGCUCCAAAAGAUUUCACAAGAGCGGGAUGAAGCAUGGCAGUCUGAGCUUGAAGCUAUACAGAAGCAGCAUUCAGUUGAUUCAACGGCCUUGGCAUCUGCCGUUGAUGAGAUUCAGUGGCUUAAGGUCCAGCUUGAAAUGGUAGCUGCAUCUGAGGCUGAACAAAGAAAGCAUGCAGAAUUAGUAAAUGGAGAACUUCAGAGUCUAAAAGGAAAUUUAGCAGAGACACUCUCUCUUGUGGAGAACAUGAAAAAUCAGUUAAAAGAUUGUAAAGAAUCAGAAGCUCAAGCUCAAGAAGUGGUUAGUGAAACUCUGCUGCAGCUGGAGACUGCAAAAAAGACUGUAGAGUCACUAAGGUUAGACGGCAUGAAAGCCAUUGAAUCUUACAACUCUAUUGCUUCAGAGUUGAAACAGUCAAGGGCUCAUGUAAGCUUCCUAGAAGGACUCGUAAGUAAGCUUAAUGUAGACCUCAAUAAUGCUGGCAACAACCUGCCUUUGACUCCUUCAGGUGAACAUGACAUUGGUCAGGAGUUUGGAGAGCAAGUAGAUGGUCAGUCUACCACAAUUGAGGAAGAGCUUAGUAACCUGAGGUCUGAAGUAGGACGGUUAAGAUCUGUCCUUGAAACUUCUGAGGCUCGAUACAGUGAAGAACAAAUUAGGAGCACAGUGCAAAUAACAAGUGCUUAUGAACUGAUGGAGCAGAUAAAAUCUGGAUCUAGUCUAAAAGAGGCCAAGCUUGAAUCUGAGUUGAAGAAAACCAAAGUUGACAUUGAGGAACUGAAAGCUAAUUUGAUGGACAAGGAAACUGAGCUGCAAGGUAUUAUAGAAGAGAAUGAGGGGCUUAAUUUAAAGCUUGAGAAAAGUCUGUCCUGCCAAAGAGAAUAUAAACUAGAAAAAGAAUUAAAGGACUUGAAGGAACACCUAGCGGACUUAAAGGCAAAUUUAAUGGAUAAAGAGACGGAAUUGCAGAGUAUAGCAGAAGAGAAUGAAAUGAUGAAGUUGGAAAUCAAGAAGAGCCAAGUGGACAAUAGUAAAGUGAAAAAUGGUGUUGCAGAAGUAGAGGCAGCUAGGUCUGCCGAAAGAGAAGCUCUAGCGAAGCUCGGAGUAGUAAUGGAAGAGGCAGAUAGGAGCAGCAAGAGGGCAGCAAGGGUGACUGAGCAGCUAGAUGCAGCACAAGCAGCAAAUGCAGAAAUGGAGGCAGAGUUAAGAAGGCUAAAGGUACAAUCUGACCAGUGGAGAAAAGCCGCAGAGGCUGCUGCUUCCAUGCUUUCAGCUGGAAACAAUGGGAAAUUCAUGGAAAGAACUGGAUCAUUGGACAGUAAUUAUAGUCCAGUUGGUGGGAAAAUUAAUUCACUAUACUCGGAAGAUAUGGAUGAUGAUUUACUGAAGAAGAAAAACGGAAACAUGCUAAAGAAAAUUGGGGUGCUGUGGAAGAAGCCACAGAAGUAGACAAGUUUAUCAUACUGUCAAUUCAAGAUGUAUAGAGCCAAGUCCAUUUUGCUACAAAUCUUGGCACUUGCCUCUGAUUCGAGUAUGGUCCUUUUUACUCUUUAAACAUCAAUAUAUGUAACAGUGAAUUCCUUUUCGGCUAAAGAUUGAGCAAUGCUGCCUUUUGACGACGGAAUAUAGUGUAGUGGUUGGGAGGACUCGGGACUAUAUUCAUGGUGUUGCCUUGCUAUUGUGGGACUUGUUUCAAAAUAUCCUUUUGAUGAACUGUCUUUGGGAACUUACUCCGUUUGAAUCCUGAAUACAAAGUCCGUGAAAUAUAGAUAAAUGUUUGCCCAAUGUGCCAUGAAAACUCGAUUUUUUUUUUCAGAAAGAAAACUUGUCUUAUUUUAUUUUGGCAAUACGGUGGUUUAAAAAAUAUGGGAUUUCAGGGUUUGCAUAAAUAUGAAUUUCUUUU